AUUUUCUUGACCCCAGUCUCCUCUCCUCUCCUUCUCAACAGCUCCUCCUAGUUUAUAGAAUCAGAAAGCUAGCUUCUUCAAAGAUUGGGUUUUUCUUUCUGGGUAUUUCAAGAUUGGAUUUUUUUUUUUUUUUCUGGUUUUUUGUGGGUGAUUUGAUGGGGAAGAAGAGGGUUGUGAAGAAGACAAAGGAGUUAUCAGUUGCAAUUGCAGAGUCAUCUUCCAUGACUGGAGACCAUCAUCAUCAACAACAAACUCCAAGAAAGAGAGGCAGGCCAAGAAAGAUUGUGCCCAAAGAAGAUGAAUUUGAAGAACAGACUGGUAAAGAAGAUGUUGCAGAGAAUGAAACCAAGAAGCCCAGAGCCAGUGGAGAAGAGGAAGAAUCAUCAGAACAUAAAGUGGAGAUUACAGGAAAGGUUGAAGCUUCUUCAUCUUCACCAUCCAAGAAGGAAGAUGAAGAAGCAUCACAGAAACAGCAGGCUAGGAGCAGAGGCAGAAGAAAAAGCAAGCCAAGAAAGAGCAGCUGAUGAAACCCUAUUUGCUUUUGUCUUUCAUGGGUGACUAGUGAUCAACAGAAAAUACUAUUGAAGAUUAAUGGGUAAUUUUAGUUUGCUGUUUCCCCUUUGUAUCUAUAAACUAUAUAUGCUUUAUAAUGUUGUUUAUCUCCUCUUAUUUUAGUCUCUUUUUGGUGGGAAUGAUUGAGUCAAACAGGAAAUGAUCAUGUUUUUAUUCCUGAUUCAACCUUAUUCUAUAAGGUGAGUAGAACAUAUGACUGAACUAAUGUUAAAAGAGA